AUGUUCCAGAUGGGAGUCUGCAGGUCCCUGAAGCCACUGGACCUGCCAAAGUUCGAUGGCAAGAUGCUGUCAUAUGUGAAGUGGCGUGAGCGGUUUCUCCGUCUAGUACACGAGAACCCGCUCUUGUCAGAGGACUAUAAGCUCGCACACUUGAGGGAGGCACUGGCGGACGGAGCGGCCGAGGACCUGAUCGCGGACGUGCUAGACGGCCCGGGCGCCUACUCCGCCAUCAUGGAGGAGCUGGAUCGGUGGUACGGGGGCACAGACCGUAGCCUCGAACAGCAGGAACGCGAGCUCAUGAGCUGGCCGCAGAUCAACACGGAGCGCGAGCUGGAUGAGCUGAAGACGCUGGCCGUCAAGCUGAGGUCCCACGCUGUGACACGGCGCUCCGUCUUCAGCGGUCUGGCGUCGGCGUUGGAUCCUCGUGGGCAAAUUGCGCCGUUCACGAUCCGUGCCCGCGUGCUGCUGCAGGACACUUGGUUGCUGGACCAGGCGUGGGACAACGAGCUUCCUCCCACACACGCCAGAAAGUGGAGGGAGUGGUUUGACGAGCUGCCCGACCUGGCCGCCAUCAACGCGCCACGCAGUUUCAAGGCGGCUACGGAGUCCAUCCUCUCCGUCCACACGUUCACGGAUGAGUCUGACCGUGCCAUCGCUGCGGCGACCUACAUCCGCGCAGAGGAUGCAGCCGGCAACGUGCGGGUGACGCUCGCCAUGGCCAAGGCCAAGACAGCCCCGGCUCGUCGGCAGACCAUCCCCCAGCUGGGGCUUCGCGGCGCCAUCUUGGGUCUGCGGACCAGCAGCGAAGUUGGCAACGCUCUGGACAUCCCGGUCGCCGAGCACACGUUCUGGACGGACUCCAUGAACGUGUUGGGGUGGAUCCGCUCGCACAGUCGCAGGUUCAAGGUCGACAUCGGCAACCGUGUCUCAGAGCUACAGAACGCCACGAAGCCCUCCCAGUGGAGGCACGUACCCGGCAAGCAGAACCCCGCCGACAAGGGUACCCGUGGGCUACCAGCGAAGGAGUUGGCGGAGGACCGGGUGUGGUGGCACGGACCCGCGUUCCUGUCGCAGCAACCAGACGUAUGGCCGCCUGAGAAGUCAGCGACCACAGAAGGUCUGCCAGGCGUCAUCCAGCGGGAGACCACGUUCGCGCUUGCCGUCACGCCAACCACUCGCCUCCAGGCGUCCAGAUACCGCACCUGGGAGCAGCUGCUCAGGGUGACUGCGUGGUGCUACCGGUUUGUCAGCCGAUGCCGUCGCAAGCCGCGCGUCGGCAUGAAGGGGGAGGAUACCAGCAGCGAUCAAGACGUCACCGUUGCAGUGUCGACUUCGCGAGCAGCCAACCCGAACUACCCUACUGUCAACGUGCCAGAGCUGACGGCGGGUGAGGUAGGCCGCGCUGAGAGGCACUGGAUACGACAGGCGCAGAAGGACGCGUACGGCCCAACCCUGGAGCGCCUGGCCGCCGGAAAGCCAAUGCAGGCUAGCGACCCGCUGGCGGCGCUAACCCCGACGCUAGAUCAACAUGCUGAACCGCUGAUGGUGGUCGGAGGCCGUUUGAAGGCUGCGAAACACUUGCCAUAUCGUGUACGCUUACCGAUCAUCCUGCCUCAGAAGCACGUUGUCACGCGGCUGCUGAUCGAGAAGGAGGACCGGAGGUGCCGCCACAGCGUGGGACCUCAGCAUCUGCUGUUCAACCUGAGGGAGAGGUUCUGGAUAGUAAACGGUGCAUCAGCAGUCAAGACGGCACGCCAGUCGUGCGUUCCGUGUCGGAAGAACUGGGGUGUACCGGCGGCGCAGAUCAUGGGCGCUCUGCCGGACUUUCGGACUGCCGGGUCUCUCCGACCAUUCUCGCACUGCGGCAUCGACUUUGCCGGGCCGUUCCAGACUAAGCAAGGACGAGGCAGAACCCGAGCGAAGCGCUACCUCUGUCUCAUGACGUGCCUGGAAACCCGUGCCUGCCAUCUGGAGCUCACCUACUCCAUGGAUACCGGGGGGUUCCUCAUGGCGUUCAACCGGUUUGUUAAGCGGCGCGGCACGCCAAGCAUCAUCGUCACCGAUAACGGCUCCAACUUCGUCGCGGCUGAGCGGGAGUUACGAGAAGCCGUGGAGCAGCUCGAUCGCGCAGAGAUCGCGCGCAGUCUCGCUGAUCGACACAUCCGGUGGAGGUUCAACCCGCCCAGAGCACCGCAUUUUGGAGGUGUCUUCGAAGCUAUGAUUAAGGCAGCGAAGCGCGCUCUGAGAUCCGCACUGGCCACCGCUGAGCUCACUGAUGAGGAGCUACACACCGCCAUCGUCGCCGCAGAGGACCUCAUCAACUCCCGUCCGCUGACAACAGUCAGUGCCGACGCCGCCGACCUCGAGCCGCUGACUCCGCAGCAUUUCCUUGCAGGACGCUGCGACCCACCUCUGCCGUUGGAAGAGAAACUGAACGCCACAGAGCAAGUCCACCCCAGAGAUCGCUUCGCCGUCGUGCAGCGCACAGUGAAGGAGGUCUGGAGGAGAUGGCUCCUGGAGUUUGUCCCACUGCUGAACCAGCGCAGGAAGUGGCACAAGACGCAGAAGAACAUCGCUGUCGAUGAGGUGGUGCUGUGUAUCGAGCCCGACACACCCCGGGGCAGUUGGCCACUGGGCAGGGUGAGGCGUGUCUUCCCCGGACCAGACAGUUGCGUCAGGGUGGUGGAUGUUGAGAUCCGGGGCAAGAUCUACCGGCGAGCCAUCCAACGCCUCAUUCCGCUCCCCGUGGAGUGA